CCAGAAAUGCGCGUGCGUAGUAACCCCUAAGGUCAAGCAGAAGACAGAAGAAAGUUAGACUCCAGAGUGUUGCUACGUUUUGGCAAUAAACACCUUCAAAAUGUUGCGGUCAGUCAAAGUUUUAUCGAAGCUGGUUACGAUUGCUGGUAGAGAAAAUCAACAUCGAAUUACUGGCAUUUGCAGCAGUUUGGUGAAUUCCAAGCGUUAUGCAAGCACUGACAAGGAAACAAAAUCUUUUGGUAUGAAUUUAUUUCGAGGUCAGAUAGCCACAGAUCAAGUAUUUCCAUUUCCUGAAGUUUUAAAUGAAGAUCAAAGACAGUUCCUUCGUGAAUUGGUUGACCCUGUUGCUAAAUUUUUCGAGGAACAAAAUGAUGCGUUAAAAAAUGAUUCUAUAGAGAAGGUUGAUGAUGUAUCGAUGGAAGGAUUAAAAGCAAUGGGAGCUUUUGGUUUACAAGUUCCACAGGAUCUAGGUGGACUUGGUUUAUGUAAUACACAGUAUGCUAGAUUAGUAGAAAUUGUUGGUGCACAUGAUUUAGGUGUUGGUAUUACUCUUGGUGCCCAUCAGUCUAUUGGCUUCAAAGGUAUUUUAUUGUUUGGUUCGCCAGAACAGAAAGCAAAAUAUUUACCCAAACUAGCUUCAGGAGAAACUAUGGCUUGUUUUUGUUUAACUGAACCACAGAGUGGAUCUGAUGCCAGUUCAAUUAGAUGCCGAGCUGUAUUAUCAGACGAUGGUAAACAUUAUAUUUUAAAUGGUUCCAAGAUCUGGAUCAGUAACGGCGGUUUAUCAGAAAUAUUCACUGUCUUUGCUCAGACCCCAGUGAAAGAUGCUAAAACAGGUGAAACUAAAGAUAAAGUGACAGCGUUUAUUGUAGAACGAUCAUUUGGUGGUGUUACUAGUGGUCCACCAGAGAAAAAGAUGGGUAUAAAAGCCUCGAAUACAGCUGAGGUUUAUUUCGAAGACGUUAAGAUUCCAGUAGAUAAUGUUCUAGCUGGUGAAGGAGGUGGGUUUAAAGUAGCUAUGAAUAUAUUAAAUAAUGGUAGAUUUGGUAUGGCUGCUGCUCUAUCUGGUACCAUGAAAUAUUGUAUACAGAAAUCUAUUGAACAUGCAUCUACAAGAACUCAGUUUGGACAGAAAAUAGAUUCAUUUGGUUCUAUACAAGAGAAGAUAGCUAGAAUGACCAUGUUACAAUAUGUUACCGAGUGUAUGGCUUAUAUGAUAUCUGGUAACAUGGAUCAAGGAUCAACAGAAUUUCAGAUUGAAGCUGCUAUCAGUAAAGUAUUUGCUUCAGAAGCUGCUUGGUUCUGUGCUGAUGAAGCUAUUCAGAUUCUUGGUGGUAUGGGCUACAUGAAGGAAUGUGGUUUAGAGCGUGUUAUGAGGGAUAUUCGUAUUUUCCGUAUUUUUGAGGGAACCAACGAUAUUCUAAGAUUAUUUGUCUCAUUAACAGGAAUUCAGUAUGCUGGAAGUUCAUUAAAAGAAUUACAGAAAGCAAUGAAGAAUCCUGCAGCUAAUCUUGGUCUGAUCUUUGGUGCUGGAUCCAAGAGAGCCAUGAGAAUGGUUGGUAUGAGUACUGGUGAAUCUUUAACACAGUAUGUAGCACCAGAACUCUCCGAUUCUGCUACCAAGGCAUCUAAAGCUAUUGAAGAAUUUGGAGCCACAGUAGAGUACCUGUUAAUCAAGUAUAAUAAAAAGAUUAUUGAUGAACAGUUUUUAUUAAACAGAUUAGCUAACUCAGCGAUUGAUAUUUACUCCAUGGUGUGUGUAUUAUCGCGAACAACUAGAAGUAUAAGUGAAAAACAUCCAUCUGCCCAACAUGAAACCGACAUUGCCAAUAUCUGGUGUGAUGAGGCUGCCACCAGGAUAAAUACAAAUUUAAGUGAUAUCAAAGAUUCAGGAAAUCUAAAAAAUUAUGAUAAACUUGCUCAAAUUUCACGAGACGUUGUCAGCAAUGGAGGACUCUAUCAACGACAUCCUCUAGGAUUUUAAAAGAAACUAGCAAAUUAAUUAAUGAAUUAAUAAAAAAAAAAGAACAAAAGGGAUAUAACUGAUUAUAAUGCGUGUGUGUUUUGUGUGGGAGAAGCAGUUAACAUAUCUUUAUUAGUUGUGAAUAUUAGAUAGAGAAGAUGUAAUUCAAGAAACAUUUUUAGGGCUAUUGUCAACAGUGUUAUUCACACUAAUUGUAGUCAUCUAGUUCCACUGAAUAAAAGAGUGAUACUAGUAUAUAGGUUAAAUGUGAGUUUACGAGAAGUUGUAUCUGAUUAGUUAUUUACAAUAUUUCUACUGGGCUACUUUUAUGAAAUUAGCUGUAUUAAAUUAUUUACAUUCACAGAAAGAUAAAGCACCUUUAAAUUGAUGCAAACUUUAUAUUAUUUAUUAAAAGCUUAUUUAUACCUUUAUGAUAAAAGCUUGAUUAUUGCAAUUAUUACUUUAUGCAUAAAUUUGGAUUCUUUUGAUAAUUCCCACUUUCAUUUUAAUUGUUGAUUGAUUGAAAGUUGUGAAUAUGAUAGGUGUAGCUAUUCUGUGAUAUAGAAUACUUAAAUGUAAAUAGAGAUCUAUAUACAUGUUGCAUUAAAAUAAAGCAUGACAUUUUUCUACCUGUUGAAUACCUGUAGUUGCAUUACUCGUUAUCAUGUUAAUAUCUUUAAAAGGGCAUAUUUGAGAUUGUUGAAUGACAUAUUAUAAUUAUAACCACAACAUUAAUGAAAUGUUUAUAUUCUCGCCACUUGAUAAAUCAUAGAUUGAUAAAAAAACCAACUAAUAUUCAUACCUACAUGUAUGUCGCUCAUUAGGUUUAAAUGGCAAUGACCCUGUAUACAUAAUCUGGUAUAUUAUUAACGCUUCGUUUCAUUAUCAUUUCUUGUUAAGUUCACUCAGACAGAACCAUUAAAUUCUAAGGACUGUAACAUUUGAACAGCUAUGGGUUUUUACCAUCGAAAUCUGGUCGAAAGCUUUCGGUUAGGUUGUAUGUUAGACCUUGUUGUUAAUUGCAAGUGGUUGCUAAUAAAGAAAAUACACAGGUAGUCUCUUACUAGAUUUGGACAAAAUCAGAGGAGCUUUAUAUACCAGUAAAUGACAAGUUGUUGGCACAGUGAGCUUGUCAAUAAAUUAAUGAAGACUCCAACCUGGCUUUGAUUUCUACUGCAACCUAAGAAAAGAAAAGAUAGAAACUGACGUAAGAAAGACCGAUCAACAGAUAUUAUUAGUACUGUAUCGUAACUACAUGUAGUGUGUUCAGUACUUUAAAAAGAACAUGGAAGACAGAACAUGCAUUUUUGGUUACGUUGAAUAUUGUUUAAGAAGUGAAAUGAACCAACUACUAACAUAGGGAUUCUCAACCAGAUCUUCCUAAGUGUGCAGCGAAAUUUUUAACGUCACACUAAGAAAAUGUGCAAAACCAUGUGAUCCCAACUGAGUAUUCACUAGUGUCUAGCUGUGUUUCUAUUUAGUUUGAGUCAUUCGAGUCUAUGACUAGUCUGUGUCUAGGAUUGAAUGCCCUCUAUGACUUGGCAUGUUUUUAUUUUGCAAAAUUCAAAUAUUUUUCAUAUAUAUUUAGCUAGGUGUGCUGCUAUUUUUUUCAUGUGUUCCAAGGUUUGCCAUUGGCAAAAAAAAGGUUGAGAACCACUGUACUAACUCCACCUCUAGAAUAGGGCACUUACUAUACAAAACACAUCAAUGCAUUAUUAGCCAAGUUGAAGAUAUUAUAUUAUAAAGAACAUUUUGUUAAAAAUUUCAAGAUAAGUUGAAGACCUUUUCCACUUGUCUUGAUUAUUAAGGAUAGUUAAACAUACAUUAUGCAAGAGCUAAAUGAAAUGUUAUUUAAAUUAUUAAUUAGACAUUAAUUAACUUAUUCAGACCAUAAUCAACUCUUGAUGUCAUUGCUAACCUGCGAUCUUUGGCGGAUUGGAAUACAUUUUUUGAAAAAUAAUUAAAUGUAAAAAUGGAUAAUUGAGACUUUGUUAUUUAUUGUGCCGACUAAUAUCUCGGUUCAGAAUGGAGCAAUUUUCAGCAUAUUCUCUUUACUUUAUCUAUUUUGUAACUUUUAUAGCGAGAACUAUCAGCUAUUUAUCUAAUCUCCCAUAAUGCCCCUGUAAGUUACGUGUAGCACAUUGUUUCAAUUUACGAUCCGAUUGUUAGCCGACAUUUUUUAUUUUCAAUACUUUAUCUAGUGCAUAUUUUGUUAUUUUCUAACAUAUACUGAUGUGAAUAUUUUUACCAUCAUUAGAUAUAUAUGUAUUAUAAAAUUAUCGUUAAGAUAGAAUAUUGUUUUUUUUAUUUCCAUAUAACUCAGGUAAAAGUUGAGAAAACUAUAAAUAUUAUGAAUAAAAAUGAGCAAUGCUGUCAAUGCAAUCUGUAAAAUAAACCAUGUAUAUGUUUUUAUGUAUUUCGAAAUAACCGAAUAUUUAAUAUAAAGACUCUUUUG